UUGUUUCUUGAGAGACUUACCUCUUGCCCUAGUUUUGGAAUGUGAAAUUAGCUCUUUCUUUUGGUCAUGACGAACCAACUUCUUCGAAUAUGGACCUCAGCCAUAUGAGCUCGGACGAACUCAAAGAUACUCAAACAAUCAUGGAAGAAAAAGUAUAUCGAAUUUGGACCGUAUUAUCAGCCUUUGAAGAGUCUGCUGCUGGCUGUAUUUCCGACAUGUUACUUCACGUAUCCGAAGGAGGUUAUGCUGAUGGUGUCAAGAUGGCAGAUUACUUUGUCACGCAUGUGGACGUCUUGUUUACAGCAAUUGAUGAUUUAGCCAACGCUUAUUUUGCGCAAACAGGCGAAGAACUGUAUUAUGACCGAGAAAGCAGCAUGCUCUGUAAAAAAGUCUCGAAUUUCUUUUCAUUAUUUUCGCAUACGCAAGAAAGUGGUCUUCGAAAGAUUGGCAUCACCCAAGAUCUGUUAUCAUUAGUGACAGGUUUAGCGCACUAUCUUAAGGUAUUGAUCAGAAUUGGUCUUACCGGUGCCCUAAGAUUAGAAACCAAAAACGAUUCGAGAUCAGGCGCUAUCAGUCGAUUCCUAAGUCAACUCAUGGAAUUAGCAAAUAAGAAGAGGCAACACCUGCAUGAAGCUGAUUAUACCGUCUCCUCAGAUCUUUGUCAGUUCUGUAGAAAGGCCUGCGAAGACGCUUGUUAUCGUUAUGGUGCCUAUCUUUGGCACGACGCAUGUUUCGCUUGUUCCACAUGUUGUGCUCCUCUUCGAAACGAAUAUGCCGAUGCUUAUAUCGAUAAUACUUCUCUAUCCAUCACUUGUAAAAAAUGUAUUCAACACACUGAAGGCUAUUCUCAAGGUGUGGAAUAUAUCUCAAAGUUGAAACAGUCCUCCUUCUUAUUAAGAGUCGCCUUACGUCGUUUGUAUAGCUUGUUGAAUGUUCCAGACCCAAUGGUUGCUUAUUAUGGUCAGACCGGCGACCAAUUACAUCAGCAAUUACAGCAACAACAGCAACAACAACAGCAAUUGCAAAUGCAACAACAGCAGCAUCACCAACAACAACAAUUACAGCAGCAGCAUCAACAAGCACAGAGUGUACCACUUCCCCGUCAAAUACCACAGAUUCCCAAAGAUGAACAUCUCCCCAAUGAAGAAAUUCAUUUGAAUGAUAUUAAACGUAUGAAGUCAACCCAUAUGAACCGAAAGAUUACUAAUUCACAUCGUGUGGGUAAACGCUCUACAUUGAUGGAGACGCCCAGUCCCAAUGUUGCGUAUGUAGCGAAUAAGACAGAUGAAAGCGAAAGCCGACCAGCCAGUGUGUCUACCGAUACAUCUGCAACAAGAAGAUCAUCGAAUAAUAACGAGAUGGGAAAUGGUCAUGGUGGAGAUUUCUCUCAACUCUCGUUGAGUUCGCUCAAUACAUCACAUCACACAUACCAUCAUCAAUAUACAAAGUCAGUGCCAAUGGCCAAAAGUUUUUAUUUUGCAGAAUUGGGUGCAUUACAACAUUUCAUGCUAAAACAUAUCGCUGUGCUCUAUCUGGAAGAAAUAUUACAUGAUCAUUUUACGUUGGAAGAAUUAGCUGAUUUAAUUGAUGAUAAGAAGAAUUCCACCUUGUGGGGUAAGUUCGUAACUAGUCUUAAAGCAGGUGGUAAUAAAAAGGCUCCACGACCCAAAGAGGGUACUUUUGGUGUACCGAUAGAUGUUCUGGUAGAAAAAAAUGGUAUUGAAUCCAACCUAGGUGUUGGGCCUACACGAAUCAUCAAGAUUCCUUCUUUUAUUGAUGAUUGUGUGUCUGCCAUGAAGCAAAUGGAUAUGUCUGUUGAAGGUAUUUUCCGUAAAAACGGCAAUAUCCGAGGCUUGAAAGAGUUACGUGAAGAGAUCGACAGGAACCCUACUGGCGUCCAAUUACUAAAUGAAACGCCUAUUCAAGUGGCAGCGUUAAUUAAAAAGUUCUUGCGAGAGCUUCCAGAUCCUCUAUUAACUUUUAGAUUACACAGGUUAUUUAUUACUGCACAAAAAUUGGAAUCAGAGUCAGAUAGAAAACGUGUAACUCAUUUAGCUUGCUGUCUAUUACCAAAAGCAAAUCGUGAUACGAUGGAGGUUUUGUUUAUAUUCAUGAAAUGGGUGUCGCAGUUUGCUCAUAUGGAAGAUGAUUCAGGUAGCAAGAUGCACAUUGUCAAUCUUUCCACUGUACUUGCACCCAAUAUCCUCUACUCUAAAAGUAAAGACCCUAUCAAGGAUGAAUCAUUAUAUGCCAUAGAAACCGUUACCAUGAUGCUUCAAAAUGCAGAAGAAUUCGCCUCUGUACCUGAAGACUUUAUUCCACUCUUACAGAAUUUAUCGUAUGAAGAAGGUGACAUGGAAUUGAAUGUGCGACAUAUUCUCAAGAAAUGUGAAGUAGUCAUGAAGCUGAAGAGAUCUAAUGCUGCUGGAGGUCCUAUUCCACCUCAAUUGCCUAGACAGCAUUCCUCACCGGCUGCCGUAUCAACCGUCUCUAAUAUGAAUGACCCAUCAUAUACUCAACAAGAUCGCACCAAUUAUUACUUGUCUUCUUCACCAGUCCACGACGAUGAAUUGGAUGCGGAUUUUCAACGGAAUAAAAACGGCCUUGCACCUGCGCCCAUCAUACGAUCCCAAUCCUCAAGCCAAUUAAAUGCUACCACCACUGGCCAGACUUUGAAAAAAGAACCAGUACAAUAACAAAAACAGCAUAUAUAUAUAUUCUCUUAUCCCCCUCCACCUCCAACAUGUAUAUUU